CCAGCUCCUCCAGCUCCCACCGAAGCCCCCUCCCUCCAGAACCGCCAAAUCGACUUUCGCAUCCUUACACAAACCGUCGUCCGCGCAUCCACCACCAUCGUCACAACCAUCACCCUCGGCACCAUCGAGCCAGUUGCCACAGAGACAAUCGCUGUCGUGCCUCUGCCCGUCCACCACCAUGGCCUCUCGGGUGGGCAAAUCGGCGCCAUCCUCGGCUCCGUAGUCGGCGUCGUCGUCUUGCUCCUCAUCGUCGGCUUUUGCUAUGUCGGGCGGCGAAGAAUGCCCAUCACAUAUGAGGAGGAGACGACGAAGAAGACAAAGAGGAAGAGAAGAAGCAGCUCUCGUACCACUCGCGGUAUAUACCAGUACACGGAAGAGGACAUAUACUAUGUGCCCUCACGGAAGAAGUCAUCGUCCUCAAGGAGGGCCAGCGUCAAGGUUGAGGUUCAGGAACCUGCAGCCGCGGUCGUGACUGAGAGGAUUCCGGGAGGCCCCAAGUUUCCUACAUACCGCGCUAUCCCAAUAUCGAACCCUCGAAAUCCCCAAGUUUGGCGAUCG